AUGCCUCCGAAGCGGAAGAGAAACGAUCGCGGCCCCAGCGAUGCCAACUCCUCGCGGCCAUCGCCACAUCGCCCGUCGGACACGACAUUGGGCCAGCACGAUCGAAGCUUCGAUGGAGGCCGUAACAACCGCGGCGGACGGAACCCGCGAAGAGGCGAACGCCGCGAUUCUUCCCAGUCCCAGGGCCCGAAUACGUCGUUUAAUAGCCACGAUCCGCGAUCGCCUACGCUUCCCCGACCGCACAGCUCUUCAUCGGCUUCGGCCGCGCCCCCCGUUCUCGCAGCCGCGGCUACUUUGGCCCCUCCGCCAGUUCCGCAAACACCAAUCGCCCCGCCCUCACCGAUUCAGCCUUUCUACGACUACAGCGUUGUCACCGAAGACCGAGUGAACAGAUGGGCAAAGGGCGCGCGACAGGAAGUCAUUGACCAUGGCGUUCAAUCGCGAAAUGACGAAGAUUUGACCGAGGUUGCCGUGAUUUUCCAGGAACUCCUCCAUUCUGUUACGGACGGCCGACUUCAAGGUUCAGAUGCUGGCACAGUUGUUCAUGAUAUUCUAGGCCCCGAACUGUCAGAGGAGGACCGCAAUGCGGCUGCCUUUGACCCCCAUACUCUCUUCCUUGACACGGUCUCGACAUUCCUAGACGUCGAGUCGGGCCCCCUCCGGCCGCAGCUGCGCGACUUCAUGAUCGCGACUAAGAUCUCGCCAGCCCUGAUGCGCAUCGUUUUAGAUCCGCCAAUUCUUCAGCAUCUCGACUUGAUUCGCGACACCUUUGUGCGCAUGGGUAUCCGACAGUCCACCAACCUGCUGUACCGGCAGGCGAGCUACAACCUCCUGCGCGAAGAAUCCGAGGGUUUUGCGAAGCUCGUGACCGAGCUCUUCACCAUCAGCGGUUCCGAACCCCCCUCCUCCGACACCGUGCAGACAGCGUUCAACAAGGUUAUGGGCCUUAUUGGGACCUUCGACCUGCACCCCGGUCGUGUACUGGACGUGAUUCUGGACGUUUUCGCUGCUGUUCUGAUCAAGCAGUUCCGAUUCUUCAUCAAGUUCCUCCGCGUCAGCUCGUGGUGGCCCCGCAGCCAGUUGGCUCUUCCCACCAACACGUACAUCGGCGGCUUGCCCGUCUGGGCCUUACCCGACCAUAUCGGCUGGUCCGCCACCGAAGAUGAAGAGUCGCUUAUUGCACAGCAAAGGCUGCAACGGGACAUUGCGUUUUGGGAGCGAGCUCGCAAAGUCAAGCUCGAUGCGUAUUUCGAACUGGGCGGCAGGCAGCUGUCCGCGGCCGACGAAGAGCGGCUUGCCAAGGUCCCGGCGGAGGGUGACGCGGGGACGAGCAUUGAGCAAGAGUGGAUUCGCAUCACGAAGACGCUCCCGCCCCCGGGCAAUCGCGAUGCUGCUCAGAUGCUGGGAUUCAAGUUGCGCUUUUACACCUCGGAAGCGAGAGAUCCCGAGGACAAGCUCCCGGCUAAUUUACUUUACCUCGUGUCUCUGCUCAUCAAGGUUGGCUUCAUCUCCUUGACGGAUUUGUGGAAUCACGUAUGGCCACUCGAUGCGGACAUGGAAGCGGUCAAGACGCAGAGGAUGAAGGAGCUGGAAGAGAAGGAGAGGGCAAGCCGACCCGGUGGCCAGCUCAACGCCCUCAUGAUGGCCGGCGCUCUCCCCGACGACAUGCCCCCACCGGUCAACCCCGCAUCGCGCCGUGAUGCCGCGGCUGCCAAAGCAGAAGCCAACAAGACCCCGGAUCCGGCGGAAGCGGCAGAAGCACGUGUUCCCGACGACCAAAAGGUGCUCUUGCUCAAGUGCCUUCUCACCAUCGGCGCGAUUCCCGAAUCCCUCUUCAUCAUCGGCCGCCACGACUGGAUUCUUCGAGCGUACCCCGACCUCGUCACGCUCCUUCACCGCAUUCUACACCACUCGAUCGACGCCGUAUACCAGCAAAGCCGACCAGUCAGUUCGCGCCCGACCGAGUGCCCGCCCAAGCCCCAGCCAGAUCCCGACCAGUCAGGGGUCGCUAAGGGACACCUGAAGCUCAAGACACCACCCGUCAAGCGAGCACUGCGGUGGCCCAACCCAGACCAGGCAGAUUCCGGCGACGGCCCGGCGUACCGGUUCUACUGGGACGAAUGGGCCGACAACAUUCCCAUCUGCCAGACGGUAGAGGAUCUCUUCACGCUCUCCGACACGCUGCUGAACAUUGUCGGGGUCAACAUCGGAUCGGACCCGGCGCUGGUCACCAAGCUCUGCCGCAUCGGCAGCAAGAGUCUCGACGACGACCGAUCGGACGCCAAUUCAGAGCGCUGGCUGGCGUUUCUCAAGCGCGUGCUGGUACCGUCGCUGAGCUUGGGCCAGACCAACGCCUCGGCGGUCGACAGUGUCUGGGGGCUGCUCAAGCGGUAUCCUGUCCGGGAACGGUACAAGGUGUACGCGGAGUGGUACGAGGGCGCGACAUCGCGUCUCGAGCCGGUGCAAAAGGCGUUUGCGAAGACACGGCUCGAAACCCUUGGCAAGAUGAAGCGGCUUUCGCAUAGCAACAUUUUGCAGAUGGCCAAGGAUCUCGCCAAGAUCGCGUACGACUCGCCCGGGAUCGUGUGCAAAGUGGCGCUGCAGCAGAUCGAAUCGUAUGAUAACCUGAUCGAGGCGUUUGUCGAAUGCGCCAAGUACUUUACGGCGUUGGGCUACGACGUGCUUGUCUGGUCUGUUCUUAGCUCUCUGGCGGGCCAGGAAAGGAGCCGCACGCAAGAGACGUCGGUGCUGCUUACCAGUAAAUGGCUCCAGGCGCUCUCGCGGUUUUCUGGGAAGGUCUUCCAGCGGUAUUCCAACAUGGACCCGUUGCCGAUUCUGCGCUACGUCAACCACCAACUGUUGCGGGGCAACUCGACCGACCUGCUGAUCCUGGAAGAACUCACCGAGUCGAUGGGGGGUAUCGUCUCGAGUUUCGAUUUCACCGACGCCCAGCUGCGUGGGAUGACAGGCGGGGAGCUGCUCCGCCGGCAAACCCUGCAUAACCUGGGCGACAAGCGGGAGGCUUCGGGCCGCAGCGCGCAGCGGCUGAUGAAGGCGCUAUCACAGUCGAACCUGGCCGGCCAGCUGCUGAUCAACAUUGCGCAGUACCGGCAGAACGCCAUCUACAACAUUGCCGACAACAACGCCGUCAUCAAGUUCCUGUCGGCGCUGGUGGACGGGUCGCACAAGGUGUUUUCUCGGUACCUGGACUUACUGCUCAGCAACCUGGACGCUGAGACUUUUGACCGUCUGGUGCCGGAUGUGGCUCAGCUUAUGCGGGAUUAUGGUCUGGACGCGCAGUUUGCGUUUAUGAUCCGGCGGAAUUCGAUCCGUUGGGCUACCAAAUCCCUUGCUGCGUCGGCUAAGGCCACCACUACUACUACCACUGCGACAGAUGUCGAUGGCGAUGUUAGCAUGGAACCUGCUGCCGCUGCGGAUAAUGAGACACCGGCACAGGGUGAUGUCGACAUGACCGACGCUGCUACUGCUGAUGGCACUGCAGUGGCCAAAAGUCCGAGCAGCCGCAUGCCGGAGUCGCUUUCCGAUGCGCUCGCGCCACUGAUUGAAGAGAUCCCCCAGGUUCUGCCUCAUUACUCAUGGGAGUUUAUCUCGCCGGCGUGCUACGUAUUUUUCUGGUCGUUGCAGCUAGGCAACUUGGUCUGGCCCCAGGAAAGCUACGACGCCGAGAACACACGACUACGAUCUCAGAUCGCGGAGCUGAUGGUAACCGACCGGUCUGACACACCCCGAUCGACGGCGGCCAAGAAACGAAAACGCGAGGAGAUCAUGGACCGGCAGCAGCGCCUAGUGCAGGAGACCAAAGACGGCAUCGAGCGGUUCCAGAAGACGCGGAUCCAUAUCGGUCGGCAAACCACGGGCUGGUUCCCCGCGGGGAUUUCCAAGGCAGACGCCACGUCCGACGCGCUACUGGAAGAGUGCAUCCUCCCACGACUACAGGUGUCACCCGUCGACGCAGACUACUGCUUCCGGCUGAUCAAAUUCCUCCACGAAUCCCCCAAGUCCAAUUUCCAACUCAUGUCGCUGUACGGCCGGCUGUUCCAGCACAACCGGCUGCGGGCGCUGGUAUUCAGCUGCACGGUGCGCGAGGCCGAGCACCUAGCGCGGUUCCUCAAGUUCAUCUUGGGCGACUUGUCCCGGUGGCACGGCAGUAAGACGGUGUAUGAGAAGGAGGCGCUGGGACAGCGGGAGCUGCAGGGGACGAAGACGAGGGAGUACCUCGGGUUUGCGACGAAGUUUGAUGGGGAGGGGAAACCGACCGAGUUUGUGGAUCAUGAUGCGUUUAAGGACUUGUUGUUUCGGUGGCAUAAGGAGUUGAACACGGCGCUGAGGUCGUGUUUGAAUGGGACGGAGUGGAUGCAUAUUCGCAAUGCGAUUAGCAUUCUGAAGGGGGUCAUUGAGUACUUCCCGGCGAUUAAUUUUAUGGCAGAUAAGUUUUUGGAGCAGUUGAAUCUUAUCAAGGACCGGGAGUCGGCCGGCGGUGGUAAUGGGAAGGGGGAUGCGAACGCGACGGCUGAGGGUGCAAGGGUGGAUUUGUCGGUUACGGCGCAGACGACGUACUCGGAGUUGGCGAGACGGAAGUCGAAAUGGGUUAUGGUUCAAGCGUUUCGGCCUGGCGGUGUAAGUGAUGCUUCUGGAACGGUCCCAAUAACUGCAACAAGAAAGGAAGAAGGGGGGAGUGCUAACCAGAGACAGAAGAACGACGGCCGAGAGGAACGAGGAUCCGCGAUACCGGCCAACUCGGGCCUUCGAGGCUCGGCAGCACCGUUCAAGCCUGGUGACGGACGACGACCGCAGACGUCGGAAGUGGAAGACGGGGAAGUGGACGACGAGACUAGGAGCAGCAAGCGAGCGGCCGAAGCCAACGGGGUCAACAACGCGCCGUCGAGACCCGGCCCAGCAGCGACCAACUCGGGACGACCGACCACGCCCAAGCCCCCGCCAGGAGGACCACACGCCGGCCGGCAAGAGCCACAGCGGUUCUCGACUCUCCCGCCCGGCGGUCCUGGACUUCCCAGCCGACCGGACCUCCCCAACAGACCGGAUCCGUCAGGCCCCCGGUUCAACCAGCCUCGGCACGACAGGAGAGAUCUCCCCUCGCGAGAAGCGCGCGACUACCGAGAUGGUCGAGAUGUGCGAGACCAGGCACCUCCCCGUGAUCCUCGCGAAGCACAGGGGCCUGCGCAUGCCGGUCCUCUUCGAGACGGCAGAGACUACAGGACACCAGACCAGGCACGAGGCCGCGAUCUACCACCGCCAGCUGCUGAUCGGCGUGCGCCCGAUCUGGGAAGAGACACUGGGCGUGACGCGGGCCGAUCGGCUGGCGACCGUGGCCGUGCAGAGCCUCAUCCGCGUCGACACGAGCCUGGUGCGCCCUCUGACAGAGAGAACAACCGCCCGGAUAGCCGGCCGCCGCCGCGUGAGCGGGGCCCAGGUGCUCAUGGGUCCGGUCGGUCUGAUUCAAGAGCUGGACGGGGAGAGCCUGGUGUGUCCACGCCCCAGUCAGCGCAAACCCCGACGUCGGGUCAAAUUCCCCCGAUCAACCCCGAGCGCGCGCGGAUCAUCGAGGGCGAUCGGCCCAAGGAUGUCAGCAACCUCAACCCCGCCAGGGCGGCGCUCAUGAAUGACACGCGCGAGCCGCCAGCACGUCCUCCGCCUCUGCCUAGAGAUGCACCCCGAGAGCGACCUCCGCGGACCGAGUCGCCGAGACGGUCGGAUCUUGGGCCGGUGAACAGUUCUGCUGCUGGGGACACGGGCCGGGAUGAACGUCGUGGUGGUCGACAUCAUCGGUUUUCGCCUCGGCCUGAGACGCCGCGGGAGCCGCGAGAGUCAGCACACAACGAGGCUGCGGGUCCGCCGUCGCGAUCAGACCGGAAUGCGGAGCGAGAGGAGCGCAACAAGCCCGGUGGUCCACGCGAAUCGUUCGGUGGUGGCCCGCCGUCUCGUCCUGAGCCUGACCACGGGAGAUUCAACCAGCAGGAUCCCAACUACGGCCGGCUCAACCCGAUCCAAUCCAUCGACACGCCGGCCGGUGCGCCCUCGGGCCCUCGCGGCCGCGGCAGCAGGAAUGCCAACCGGAACGCUCCAGCUAACGGCGGGCCUCCCGGACGCCCUGACAAUCGGUUCCCGGCGCUCGAACCCCCUCGACCGCCGACCCCUGAUGAACGACAUCCGCCUACUGGGCCAUCCGCUUCGCGCUCUCGCCGGGGUCCGUAUGAUGCCGGGAAUGUCAACUCACCGACCACGCCGGUAUCCGGUCCGGGAUCGGGCCCGGGGCCUUCUCCUGCGGGGGGUGUGCAUCCGGAUAGAAUGCGCCACAUCAACACCGGCCCGCAGUCCACCCCGCCCGGUCCACCGUCAGGGCCGUCAGGCGUUCACCCCGAUCGACUAACCCAUAUCUCAUCCGUCCCACCCGGCGGACCCAGCCAACACGGCGGCCAUGGUCCACACGGUGGUCAACACAAUCAACACGGCCGUCCCCCACUGCACACCCCCGACCGCCCCUCGCUCUCCACAACCAGCUCCGGAACCCGUCCAUCCGCCCCCUCCGGUCCCAGCGCCGACUUCUCCUCCACCCCUACCGGCCCCGCAGCCGCCUCCAACGACCGCAUGCGCUCCGGCGGCCGUCAACUCCGCGGCAUCCAAAACAUGCUCGACAAAGCCUCAGCUGAUGCCGCGCGCGGCGGGUCUGGGCCAGCCGGCGGCGGCGGCGGUGGUGGUGGUGGUGGUGGUGGUGGGCCCGGCGGUAUGCUGCGUACCUCGCGGUCGAGGCUGAAUCUGGCGAAUUCGGAUGCGCAGGUGUUGGUGGGUGGGUCGCCUGUUACCACGCCGGUGUUUGAACGCGCGCCGGAGGGGUUUAGGGAUUCGUCUACUACGCGGGAACGACAGGGGCAGGGACAGGGACAGGGACAGGGAGAAGCGAUUGCCGUCGUGGCGGAUACGCGUGAAACCAGCGGUGGUGGUAAUAAUAUCCGUGGUGGUGGACCGGGAAAUGUUAAUGGAGGUGGAGGAAGUGGAGGAGGUGGUGAAUACCCUUCCAGCCGAACAGAGCACGACCGCCCGCGACGCGACCAUCACCGAUCAGACCGCAGCUCGAGACAGUCGGGACGGAGUAGUCGGGAUCGGACGCCUGAGCGGGAGCGGGAGCGAGACCGGGAUCGUGACCGGGAUCGUGACAGAGAGAGAGGCAGGGAUAGGGAUAGGGAGAGAGACAGAGAUCGGAGGUCGGGGAAUAACAGUAAUACCCCCGGCAGUGGUGGAGGCGGAGGUGGAGGAGGAAGCGAGAAUCCUCCUCCCCGUGAAUCCAGUUCGCACCGCGGUCAUCAUCGUGGAAAUGAUGGCAUGUCUGGUCCGCGCGGCGGUGGUGGCGGUGGGCCUGGGUCUGGGUCGGGGAAUGAUAAUAAGGAGUUUGGAAGGCGGGGGUCGUCUAGAGGUGGGGGACAACAUCAUACACAAGGACGGGAUUCAAGAUCUUCUAGAGGUGGGGGCGGUCCCGGGGGAGAUGGGAGUGGUGGGCCAGGGGAUGGAAGUGCUGGUGGAGGGGGGGAAGAUCAUAAUAGGGCGAGGAAAAGGAGGAGUGAGGGGGUUGUGGAUGGGGGGAGUGCGGGGGGUGGGGGGGGACAUCAGGAUAAGAGGCAGCGGCGGUAG